ACGUUGCAGAAAGGGGCGUGGCUGCUCAAAAGUUGCCUGUCUGGAUUAGUUUUUGAACACGAUUAUCCGCAGCGAGGACGGAGAGAUGGCUGAUCUCACCGUCUCUCUAUCCAUCCUGGUGGGGAUUGUAGUUUUAAGCGAGUUCGCGAGAAGGACGGCUUUAUAUCUAUUCCCGAAUCGAGAAUGGAUAAUCUACAUGUUGGAGUUUAUUUCUACUUUUCAGCUGUGCGCGUGCACGCAUGAGCUGAAGCUGCUGGCGGAGCUGGGCGGACUGGACCCGCAGACCGGACUGACCCUCACUUUCAUCAUCUCGGUGGUUCAUGGGUUCUCAUUCCGCGGCGCGAUCUGCAACCCUACCGGCGCGCUGGAGCUGCUGAGCCGCGGGACUCUGCCGUGGGGAUGCGCGUUGGCCAGGGUGUCCUGCCAGCUGACCGCGGCGGUGGUGUCUCGGUGGGUGAUGCCCGUGGCCUGGGCUCUGGCACUCUCUGACCUGCACCAAAGACACUCUCUGACGGGUUUUAGAUGCUCAAGCAGCCCCGUGAAUGCCCCGGUGCUGCAGGCCGCCGCGGUAGAGCUGAGCUGCGCAUUUGUGAUGCACACCGCGGUCAAUAACGCGGAGAAGCUGGAAGAGAAAUACCGCGUCCCGGCGGUGGCGGCGCUCAUCACCACUCUAGUCUAUGCGGGUGGACAUCUCACAGGCGCUGUGUUCAACCCAGCACUGGCCUUCUCUAUACAGUUCCCCUGUCCUGGAAACACGUUCACAGAGUACAGCUUUGUGUACUGGAUGGGACCAAUACUAGGUAUGUCAGCCUCUCUGCUGCUUUCUGAUAAACUGAUCCCGGCCAUUUCUGGAAAAAGCACAAUUCCACUGCAGCUGAACUCUAAUGGACUCAAGAAGAAAAAGAUGAAGUGAAAUAAGACGCUACUCCACAAUCAAUCCAAGACUGAUUUCUCAUGCACAUGCGGUUAUAAUGCUGUGAUUACUGCACAAAUGAUCGUUAACACGGUAAUUCUUCAAGUAAUAAUGAAAGAUUGAAGGGACCGUGACAGUUUAGAUGUCAGAAGGAUUUUUCCAUGCUUUUAAAAUGUCUUAAACAUGCGUAUUUGUGAAGCACAAUGAUUCUGAAAUGCAGGUUUACAGGAACAUUUCAUUCAAUGCACAUUGAUAUGAGAACCAAGAACUGGAAUCAAAUGCAAAUAAGCACAACAUUUACUUGUUAAAGGGGCUCCAUGUACGAACUUUACUUACUGAUAUGCAAAAGAGCUUACUAAAAAGUGUGUGUGUGUGAGAGAGAGGUUGCAGAUCGCUGGAGAACUACACAUCUGUCACUGACCUGGACAACAAACACCAUCAUGCACCUCUCACACACACCAGUUCCUGAUUCCCCCUGAUUACUCACACACAGCUGGAAGCUUAUGACUGAUUACCAGCACUAUACAUGCAUCUCACUCACACAUCGACUUUGCUGAGUCUUGUUAUCCUGUAGCAUUACGAAGCGUUAAUCCUGUCGUCUUUCCAUGUUUUGAUCCUUGCCUUGUUUUCCUGUUAUUGAUUCUUUGUCGCAUGUACUGACCAUUGGCCUGUUUUUAAGUACGAUCUUUGAUUACCUUAAUGCUUCUAUACCACCAGGAUGCUGGACAACAGAGUUGAAGAGCCACACACAGUUUAAUAAACCAAUUAAUCAGGCAGGCAACUGUCAAAACAAGGGCAAACAGAAGCAUUAAGGUAAUCCAAGAUCGUAGUCAAAAACAGGUGAAUGGUCCGUACAAGUGGCAAAGAAUCAACAACGGGAAGAGAGAGAGAGAUUUAAUUUUAUUGCCAUUUCAGCUUAUAUGGCUAUGUCAUGGCAAAAAGAAAAUAGAUCAAGUUUAUCACGUUUUAUAAACGCCAAUUUUCUAUAAUUAUAAAAAUAUUCUACCAAUUAAAAGUCAUCAACAGCAAUAAAUAAUGUACAAGGUAAAAUACAUAAAUAAUAAUAAUAAUGAUAAUAUAUAAGAUCAAAUUUUAAAGCAGUUUUUUAAGAUUUACUUUUGAUAAGAAUUGUACAAUUUUAGAUGGAUUCACAUUUAAAAAUAUUUCCUUUAAAGUCUCUCCUGAUAAAUAUUGUUGUCUGAUAACAUUAAAAAUGGGACAUUCCACAAGAAUAUGUUUAACUGUUUGGUUUCUGUUGCAAUACAGACAUUUUGGUGGUUCUUCUCCUUUAAGUAAAUGUUUAUGCGUGAGUCUCGUGUGUCCAGUGCGGCAUCUUCUAAAAACAAUCCCAUCAUGUCUUGACUUCAAAAAUAAAUUAGAUUUUUAUUCCGAUUUCUGGCUGAAUUUCAAAAAGUUUAUUGUCUGAUUCUGUUUGCCAUUUGUUUACGAUAUAGCCCUUUUUUUUCAAUGACGGGAAAACAAGACAAGGAUCAAAACGCGGAAAGACUACACAGGAUUGCCGAUGAUCAUGAUAAUAUGUCUGAGAAAAUCUAAAUAAGCAGCUCAGCUCUCAGAAUAUAGUAUAUUUCUGCACACACGCUAUAGUCUGCUGUUUUACUCCAUAGAACUUCAUAUAAAAGCCAGAGACUCUUUUGCACAGGCCUAUCUAAAGGGUUAAUGCUGCCAACUGAUGAUCAACAGUAAAAAUGACAGAUUUUAUCUCCUCCCAACAGGGAAAACCAGCAACAAUCAAAGAAUGCAUGAUCAUAUGCUGUCAUGGCUUUGCAAUAAAGUCAUUAUAAUUGAAGUCAAUGGGGCAAAAACAGCCCCCAACAUAACGAAAGGGGAGUCAAUUUGAACAGUACACAAUUGUAAAACUGCAACAAAUGGACAUUCCUGGAAUUAGAGAAGUGUUCUAACACUGUUAUAUUACAUUCUGAUAGCGAUGCAGUUUAUCUAGUAAGGGGUAAAUGAUUGUAUGGUAGUCUUAGUAAUCUUAAGAGCAAUUUCGCAGUGCCUUUGGAUGAUUCCUGGUUAAAAUAACCUGGGUGAACCGGACCAGAUAGAGUGCCACGUCUACAAGCAAAUGCAGAGUGUGAAAUACAGAACAACACGUUGUAUUACAUAAAAAAAGAAGCUGUAGUGAAUAUAUUUAUAAUUAAACCCGUCAUGAAAACACGUGGCUCAGUGCUUGUUUAACCCGGGAGGUCAAACAUGCUGUUGUGAAACAGUUUCUGACAGACCUUUGAGCCUUUGUGAAUGUACAGACAUGCUGAACGAAGGUGUUUAGUUUCUCAUAGAGCUGCUAUAAAACACAAGCAAACAGAUGAAAAUAGAAAAGAACUGUGGGAUGUUUACAGAUUCAUGCACAUCAUUGACUUCAGAGUCUUUGAUUUGCUGUCAGACUUCUUUUUUAAUCUUACAUUGAAGUAGGGCUGCACAAUAUAUUUAGUUUCAGCAUUAGUAUAUUGCAAUGUGUGCAACUUUAACAUAAAAUAAUUACUGAAUAUGGAAUUAUAAGCACAAUGAAGACUACACAGUGUUAUUUUACAUUAUACUUGAUUAUUCAAUUUGUUUCUGAAUACUAUUUGACUCUCCGGAAAUACCAUAAAGCAUUGUUUGUUUCACUUU